AUGACAAUACUUGAGACCGUCGCCCCUAGGCGGGCCAAGGCGGUCGCAUUGCGCAACAAUGGCUUCGCCAGGAACCUGUCCUUGAUCACGCUUACCUUUCAGAACUCGGCUCUAAUACUGAUCAUGCACUACUCGCGCAUCAUGCCGCCGUCGGGCGACCACCGCUACUUCACCUCGACCGCCGUCCUCCUCAACGAGGUCAUCAAGCUCGCCGUCGCCCUCACCCUCGCCAUAUACGAGACCUCCAAGACGCUCGCCCCCAGCACUCCCGCCACCGUUCUCUUUGAGCAGAUCUACAAUGCCGUCUUUUCCGGCGACGGCUGGAAGCUCAUCCUCCCCGCCGCCUUCUACACUCUACAGAACCUACUGCAGUACGUCGCCGUCGAGAAUCUGGACCCUGUCCACUUUCAGGUUCUCUACCAGGUCAAGAUCCUCACCACGGCCAUCUUCAGCGUCGUCCUUCUCCGACGUCACCUCGGAAUCAAACGCUGGGUGUCCCUCUGCGUUCUCACCUUCGGUGUCUCCGUUGUCUCCCUCCCCUCGUCCGAGACACGCGUCGAUGCUCUCCUGCUGCACGGCAUCCCCGACCACUACUUUCCCCGCUCCAAACACGAGCUGGGUCAAGCCGUCGAUCUAUCGACCCCCGACACACACCUGACGAGACGCUCCGCCACCUACGAGGGCAUCGCCAACGACCUGCCUCCCCCCGAUCCCCUCAUGAACUACUCCGUCGGCGCAACUGCCGCCGUCGUGGCCGCCGUCGUCUCGGGCUUGGCGGGCGUCUACUUUGAGAAGCUGCUAAAGGAGAGCCCUUCGCAGACGAGCGUCUGGAUCCGCAAUAUCCAACUCAGCUUCUAUUCCAUCAUAGCCGCCACACUCGGCGGCGUCAUCUGGCAAGACGGGAGCGGCAUUCGCGAGCAUGGCUUCUUCGAGGGCUACAACUGGGUCGUGUGGGCCGCCAUCGGGCUGCAGGCCGCCGGGGGCUUGAUUGCCAGCAUCGUCAUUCGAGACGCCGACAACAUUGUCAAGAACUUUGCCACCAGCAUCAGCAUCGUCAUCAGCUUCAUUGUCAGCGUAUGGGUCUUUGAGUUUACGGUGACGGUGACGUUCCUCCUCGGCACCUCGCUCGUCCUCCUUGCCACGUACCUGUACAGCAUCCCUGAGCGCAGCCGCCACCGCCCGCCCGCCGUGCGCAUCGUCAGCUUCGAGAAGCCCGCCAUCGAACGCGUCGUGACUCCCGGGACGACACCCCGCAUCCCUGACGCCAGCCGCCUCAACUCGGACCCCUUUGACGCAAAGGGCCUGGCCAUGACGUCGAGCCGCCCCAACAGUCCCAUGCUGCCGCGGCAGGCGAGCCGCACGCACAUGCUCCGCGAGGAGUGA